UGCAUGCACAGCCAGAGCAGUAGUCUGCUGCGAGGGACCGAUCGCUCUGCGCUUCCGAGACGCCAUCCCUGCCUCCGAGCCUCACCUCUCAGCCACAGAAGAGCCAGCCGCCAGCCCCGCGACCAACCGCCGCAGCACGCACGCCAGGGAGGAGCGCCAGACCGCUAGCCGAUACGCGGGGGACUGCUAACAAGGGGGAAACGACCGCAAAAGGAAAACCAGGGACCCCCCCUCCUCCCUCCCUUAAAAUAAAUUUUAAAAAGCUAAAUCUCGAGUGCCGAAUAUAAAAUGAGCCCCCUCGGUGGAUUAAAGGCCAUCAAGUUCAGUGGUCAAUUCCAGUGACGGACAGUAAUUUGCGUUGACAGAUCGGCAGAGUCUUUAGCAGUGUGGGGAAAAAAAAAGAAAAAAAAAAGAGUUGAGGGAUUUUUUUUUUCUCUUGCAUUUUUUUUUUCCUCUCUCCCCUUCUCUGUGAUUACCACAGCAGUCACUGCAGCGGUGCGAGGAGAGAGAGCACUGCGCUCAUGCUCACAGCCCGGGGAACUCGCACUUCCCGCAAGUCCGCUGAAAGCUACUUGGAUUCCUUCUUUCGCAGGCUCUUUCACGCGAGGAAAACUAAGACAUUGUAAGCCUGCCAGGAUCUGCUGUCCACCCAAAAAAAGGGUGGGGGGGAAGGCCGAAUUUGUACCACAGUGGGGUCUUUUUUAGAUUCGCACAUAAUUAGUGUCGGCACAAAGGGAGCUGCUGAAUAGAGGUUGUCAGCCUCUGAAGGGGUGAGUAGGAAUCCUUUCAUAUGAGAUCGGUUCAUGAAGGAGGCUUUUUUUUACCCCCUCUCCUCUCCUCUCACUCUCUGAUAUCUAACAUGAGCAAAGUGACUUGCCUUUUAUCAACCUUCAUUAUUUUAUUUUCACCGUGGCAGGAUUCCUCCUCCCUGUAAGUAAACACAUCGCCGCGGCUACCGCUGUCGUCUCCGACGCUGCCGAGAUCAAGAGGGAAAAAAAACUAGAGUGAUUUCCGCCCGGGGGAGUUUAUAAAAUAUGAUGUAAAAAUAAUAAUAAUAAUCUGGACGGUUCAAUGGACUUUUUCUCGGCGAAACACAGGGAUAUUCAUGCUAAUGGAUUUCCUCCUAAUUGGUCUGUACUUGAAGUGGCUACUAAGGAAGCCCCCUGGAUUGAUACUGUGCGCUCUGGGAAUCUUUCUGAAAAUGCUGCCAGCCGUGGAGGGUGUCUGUCCCAAGCUGUGCCGCUGUGACAGCAAGCUGCUCUACUGCGAGGGGCUCAACCUGACCGACGUCCCCCGCAACCUCAGCAGCGCCACGGGCUUGUCCCUGCGGGAGAACGGCCUGUCCGAGCUGCGAGAAGGACAGUUCGCCGGGCUGGUGCAGCUCACCUGGCUCUACCUGGACCACAAUGCCGUGGAGCUGGUGGAGGAGAGCGCCUUCGAGAGGCUGCGAAGGCUCAAGGAGCUGGACCUCAGCUAUAACCGCAUCGAGAGCCUGCCCAACGCCACCUUCAGACCCCUGCCCAAUCUCCGCAUCCUGGAUCUAUCGUACAACAGGCUGCAGGCCCUGGAGCCCGACCUGUUCCACGGCCUUAGGAAGCUUACCAAUUUACACAUGCGCUACAACGCCAUCAAGUUCGUCCCCGUCAGGAUCUUCCAGGACUGCAGGAGCAUGCAGUUCCUGGACCUGGGCUUCAACCAGUUGCAGAGCCUGGCGCGAAACUCCUUCGCCGGGUUGUUUAAGCUCACCGAGCUUCACCUGGAGCACAACGAGCUGGUUAAGGUCAACCUGGCCCACUUCCCCCGCCUCAUCUCCCUGCGCACCCUCUACAUGCGCAGGAACAAGGCCACCAUCGUGGUCAGCACCCUGGACUGGACCUGGCACUUCCUGGAGAAGAUCGACUUCUCGGGCAACGACAUCGAGUACAUCGAGCCGCACGUCUUCGAGAGUGUGCCCAACCUGAAAUCGUUGCAGCUGGAUUUGAACAAGCUGACGUACAUCGACCAGAGGAUUUUGGACUCGUGGACCUCCCUGGAGAGCAUCACCCUCUCCGGGAACCAGUGGGAGUGCGGCAGGAAUGUGUGCGCCCUGGCCUCUUGGCUCAGCGGCUUCCAGGGCCAGCGGGACAGCGCCUUGCUGUGCUCCAGCCCGGACACGGCGCAGGGCGAGGACGUUCUGGACGCCGUCUACGUCUUUCAGCUGUGCGAGGACCCCUCGGAUGUCACCAGCAGGCCCUAUGCCUUCACCAAGGACGGGUCCAGGGGGCACGCCUACAACGUGCCCUCGAGGAACCCGUAUGACCUGCAGGACGUGGAGGGCGGGGAGGUGGUGACCAGCUCUUUCACCGUGACCGUACCCAACGACGACCUGGAGAGCACCAUGCAGAUCCACAAGGUGGUGACGGGCACCAUGGCGCUGAUAUUCUCCUUCCUCAUCGUGGUGCUGAUGCUCUACGUCUCCUGGAAGUGUUUCCCGGCCGGGGUGAGGCAGCUGAGGCAAUGCCUGAGCAGCCAGAGGCGGAAACAAAAGCAGAAGCAGACCAUGCAGCAAAUGGCCACCAUGUCUGCGCCCGAGUACUACGUCGAUUACAAGCCCAACCACAUCGAGGGGGCCCUGGUCAUCAUCAACGAGUACGGCUCCUGCACCUGCCAGCAGCAGACGUCCAGGGAGUGUGAGGUGUGACCGCACCACCAUCCCACGUGCCACCACCCCCAAACCCUCCCACUCCCACCCCCUCGCCUCCACGUGGGCCUUGUAGUUUCCCCUUUCCCCCAGGGGACUACAGCGGGAGGAGGGGGUGAAGAUCCCUAAAAAAAAAGCUCCACUCCGCACCGUGCUGCUCUGCUCUUUUGGGUCGGACUUCGCGUACAGACUGAGGAUUUACUCCGGAUCCAGACCUGCAGCUGCUAAAUUUCGGGGGGGGGGGGGGACCUGUUGACUCGAUGCAAAUAAAACCGGGAGAGGGAAGUGGGGAAAAGGCCUGCGAUGAGUGCGCUCUGGCGACAGGUGGAUUAUUUCAGCUUUAAUGUGUCUUUUUACGUCAGGAUAUUCAAAUUGUCUUAAAGGGACAGACGAAACACACUGUUUUUAUUGUGGUUUAAAAAAAAAACAAAAAAAGAAAGAGGGGAAAGGGGGAGUUGGGGAAAUCUAAAUAUGUGUAAAAUAUGUAAAAGAAGAAAUGCAAGAGUGGAGGAAAAAAGAGAUCCAAGCUAUCCUAUUUCUUUUUGUAAACUCAAAAAAAUGUUUAAAUAAACGAAUUGCUAUUCACAGUA